UCUCUUUCAUCUCAUCUCAUCUCAUCCACACUACCACACCCCCAUCUCUCCUUUAUAUUCUCUUUCUCUCUCUAGAAUAUGGGUCGGGUUUCUUGGUUGGGAUAUUUCUUGAAUUUAGUUAUCACAAAAAAUGAGGUUAUAUAGAACCUAGAGAGCAGGUUUUAGCCUUAUUUAGCCACCUUCAACUCUCUUUCUUUCUCUCUCUCUCUCUAAACACUACCACUUUCUCUCUCCUCUUUUUUCUUCAAAAAAACGAAAGUUGUCUGUUGGGUUGCAGCCAAAGGAGGAAGAAGCCAUCAACUAAGAGGCUGCUACAGCUAGUUGCUGCUCCUCCUCCUCCUCCUCCUCCUAGUUGUGCUUCACAUACACCAUAAAAUCUCAAACUUUUUUUUUUAUAUAUUUCCUAUCAUUUCUAGAUUUGGGUUUUCCUUUGUCUUUUUAGUUCAAUACAGUUACAAAGAUCAAAAAUAUAAUCAUAGAUGACAAAACUAAGAUCCAAAGAAGCUUAAUAUUAUUUAUAGUUUUGCAAAAAUCCAUAAUUUAGUUUUUUGUUUUUAAAAGGAUGUUAAAGCAGCAGCAGCAACAACAACAAGUGUUUAUAGAAGAGAACAUGUCAAAUUUGACUUCUGCUGCUUCUGGUGAUGCUAGUGUUUCUUCCGGUAAUAAUAAUAAUAAUACUAGAGGUGAACCUAGCAGCUCCUUUUAUUUUCCACAUCAUCAGUCAUCUGAAGAACAACCACCACCACAACAAACACCAGCUAAGCGGAAGCGAAACCUACCGGGAAACCCAGACCCAGAUGCGGAAGUGAUAGCUAUGUCACCAAAAUCACUGAUGGCAACAAACAGAUUCUUGUGUGAGAUCUGUAAUAAAGGGUUUCAAAGAGACCAGAAUUUACAGCUUCAUAGAAGAGGGCAUAACUUACCAUGGAAGUUGAAGCAAAGAACAAACAAAGAAGUGAGGAAGAAAGUGUAUGUUUGUCCUGAAACAAGCUGUGUGCACCAUGACCCAUCAAGGGCUUUGGGUGAUUUAACUGGAAUCAAGAAGCAUUUUUGUCGAAAACAUGGUGAGAAGAAAUGGAAAUGUGAGAAAUGUUCUAAAAGAUAUGCUGUUCAAUCUGAUUGGAAAGCUCAUUCUAAGGUUUGUGGUACUAGGGAAUACAGAUGUGAUUGUGGCACUCUUUUCUCCAGGAGGGAUAGUUUCAUAACACACAGAGCAUUCUGUGAUGCAUUAGCAGAGGAAACGGCAAGAUCAAUCACUACAAACUCAAUACUGUCUAAUCCAAUUGCAGCAGCCGGCCCAUCCAACUCUCACUUCAUUAAUCUUCAGCAGCAACAUCAAAUGCAGUUGUUGAACAACCAGCAACAACAGGAUCAACUCCAUGCAUUCCCACUUAAGAGAGAACAACACAUGAUGAAUCUUCCACCCUGGCUUGCUUGUCCACCAAUGGAUCCUCCUCAUCAACAUCAACAUCAACAUCAUCAGCAGCUGCCUUCUCCUUCUUCAUCAUCAUCAAUCUUCCAUCAACAACAAGAGCAAAUGAUGAUGCAACAUCAUCAACAACAACAACAAAAUCCAAACCCUAGUAACCCUAGCAUGGGCCCUACAUUCUCUACAUCAUCAUCAGGAGGGGGAGGAGGGGGAGGAGGAACAGGAGGGCUUGGUGGACCUUACCACACACAAGCAGCAACAGCGGCAUCGGCCCACAUGUCAGCUACUGCAUUGCUGCAAAAGGCAGCUCAGAUGGGAGCUACCAUGAGUAAUACUGCAACCCCUCAACCCCACCAACAACACCACCACCUUCACCCACAACACCACCAGCAAAGUCACGUGUCUGACACUAGUAAUUCAAAUACAACAACAACAGCUGGCUUAUUUGGCUUGAAUUUGUCCUCACGUGACCACCAACAGCAGGAGAUCAUGCCAACUACUACUACUACUACUGGCCUUAUUGUAAACCAUGGUUUGUCUUCUUUUGGAAUAAUGAACAAAGCUGCAACCCCAUCACCAAGACCAACACCAAUAACAACCAAUGCUGCUGCUGCCACCAUUGGUGGGCCUGGGUCUGGGAAUGGGUCAGGGUCAGGGUCAGAUCAUCAACUUACUGCCUCAAACACGAGUCCUAACCACGGCCCGCCACCACAACCACCCUCUUCCUUCUUCCAUGACAUGAUGGUCAAUUCUCUCUCAUCUUCCUAUGAUCACAAUGAUGAUGCCUUUGGUGAGAUUGGGGGUAUGGGCACCAUGUUAGGCACUUCCAACUCUAAGAAAGCCGAUGACGACCGUUCUUCCUUAGCCGCAUUCCAUCACUCACUUGGCACUCAGGAGGACGCCAACAACAACAACAUCAACAACAACAACAACAACAACAACAACGGAGGAGGAGGAGGGAAUGACGGGCUUACAAGGGACUUUCUAGGAUUAAGACCUCUUUCUCAUAAUGACAUUCUCACCAUUGCUGGACUUGGUAAUUGCAUGGCCACGAACACACCUUCUCAUCAUCUUCAUCAUCAUCAACAACAACAACAAGAUAGCCAUAAAUCAUGGCAAGGUUAGCUAAAUACAUAGCUAUAGUAAUCAACUUUAAUUAAAUUACUAGUACAACAUUUUGCUUAAUUAUAUUAUUAGCUAGCUUCCCAAAGGGAAAGGGCUUUUCAUACAAUGUCACUACCAAAAUACAUUACUAUGCCCUUUUUUUGACCCCCUUUUAUUUUAGUAUAAACUUUAUAUAUUCAUAUUUGUAUAACCUUUGUUAAUACAUUUUCUAGACCAUAUCAUAUGAUCA